CACAAACUAAAGGGAAUAAAAACACCACCACUUGUUCAAGUUCAUUAACAUCCCAAAGCAUUUCUGAAUUAUUUUUUGGUAUAUCCAUGUUUCUUCAAAGAACUUAUUUCAGUAAAGCAAAAUAGUGAGAAAUUUACUCUAAUUUACCAACAUUUGCUUUUAAUCCUUAUGGAAUCUCUCUUGUGGCUGCAAUUAAGAAGGUGGCCGGUUCCUUAGCUCUCACUCGAGCCUGUGAGGGGUCUGUGAAACUACAAUUUUUCAGAUUCAUCAUGUCGUCUGACAUGGCAAGCACAAGUCGGUCACCACUGUCUGUAGCCAUAGAAGUUUCAAGAGACCCUUCAUUUGUACAACCAGGACUCUCUCUCUCGAGUCCCAAGAAUCAACCGGGACACCAUUUGAGUCCCAAGCAUCAGGAGGCUCAUGCAUCAGACUCCUCUGUCAGCACACUUACUGAGGCUGAGAAUUCUAAUAAUUGGACAUUGCCAAGGAUUCUGAUAGUGGCAGCUGUGGUGGGGGCAAUAACUGUCGCUGGCGUGAUGGCAACAAUGCUUUUGGUCUCACGAAAAGACCACCCAACUCACAAGCUUCAUCCCCAUCCCGAGUGUCAACUCAGCCUCACCAUGUACUGGGAAAGGAAAUCGAAUUUUACCACGAUCUCGGAUGUCUUGGACGCGAGCCCCAGCUCCAACUCUAGCUCUUUCAAGAUUUGUGCUUUGUAUAAUGAGACACUGAACAUCGCUGACGAAAAGAUGUAUGUAAUGCUGAUAGGAGAGGGAGCUGAGAAGACAAUAAUAACAUCAAAUUCGAGUUUAGUCAUCGGUAGCAGUAUCUUGCCAUCUGCCACACAUUUAGUUAUCGGUACACCUUUCGAACAACGAGCAAACUCCCUCUCCUAUCAGCAUUACAUACAUCUUUUCGUCAGCGAUGUUCAGUAUCUCAUUAUACUCGUCUGCCCGAACCAGAAUACAAAUCUUGAAAGAGCUAGAGUUGGAGCUGGGGCUCGCGUCCAAGGCAUCCGUGAUCGUAGUAAAAUUCGAUUUCCCGUCCCGUUGAGGCUGAGU